AUCAGGUGGUCACAUUCAGAGCAGGAUCAGCCAUGUUUGGGCCACGCCUAGCAGAAAGCAAGAUAUUGUAAAAUCACAAGAUUGAACAACCAUGGAUCCCCAUUCUAGUGCCCAGGAUGUACACCGAUGUGACCUUUGUGAGACCGCCAUAGUACACAGCUACUGUGACUUUUGUCAUGUCAACCUCUGCAAACCCUGUGUAGUAGAUCAUAUCUCAGAUGGAUAUCAUAAACAUGUAAUAGUCCCUUUCAACGAACGAAGAUCAACCCUCAUUUAUCCGAAAUGUGAUAUGCAUCCACAAAAAAGUUGUAAAUUUCAGUGCAAAGAUUGCAACAAUAGUUUUGUCUGUUCUUCUUGUAUGGCAUCAAAAAAGCACAAAGGACAUAACUUUGUAGAUGUUACAGAAGUUUACAAGACAAUGAAAGAUGAUAUUAAAAAAGAUACAAAAGAGUUAGAAAAUCAUAUUUCCCCUACAUAUGAAGAAAUUGCACGCGAUUUAGAAAAUCAGCUUGCCAACCUGGAUGGAGGAUAUGAGAAACUUACAACAACAAUGUCCAAACAAGGGGAGCAAUGGCAUAGAGAAAUCGACAUCGUUAUCAACAAAAUUAUAACCGAAAUUAGCGAGAUAAAGGUGAAACACAGAGACAUUUUAAAGAAACACUUGAAUGAAAUUAAACAGAUACAGUCUCUCAUAAAACAAACAUUUCUGGCCCUGAGGAAAAUUGAGAAAUCCACGGAAGUAUCUCCAGCCAUUGAAUACAAGUCAAAGAUCAGAGAGUUCAGCAAGCUUCCACCCAAAGUUAUGAUUACACUGCCAACAUUCAUUCCAAAACCAAUAGAUCGUGAGAAUCUGUAUAGCUUGUUUGGACAGAUCACCCCAUUAUCUACUGCUACAGAGCAAAAUGUCUUGUUAAUGAACCAACCUAACACUUCAGUCAGAGAACUACUAGAUGAACCAAAGCUUGUUGCCACUAUACAAACUGGGCAAGAGAGACUACGUAAUAUUACCUGUCUGAAUGAAGAUAAGAUAUGGACGAGUGGAGAGACAAAUAACAUCAAAUGCUUCAACAUUAAAGGUUUACUCCUCCAGACAAUCAAACAAAAAUCAGGUAAUUUCCCCAAUGAUAUAGCUGUAGACAGUAAUGGGGAUCUACUGUACUCUAACUGGCAAACAAGGACCGUGUAUAAAGUAAAAAAUGAACGGACAGAAGAGUUGACAAGAUUACAGGGAUGGAAGCCUAGUAAACUGUGUGUCACCUCUACUGGUGAUCUCCUGGUUACCAUGUAUAGUGAUGAUAAAACCAAAUCCAAAGUUGUCCGUUACACGGGAUCAACAGAGAAACAAACAAUUCAAUUUGAUGAUGAUGGUAAACCUCUGUACUCGGGGAAUAGUAAGAUUAAAUACAUCACAGAGAACAGAAACCAUGACAUCUGUGUAGCUGACUUCGGGGCUAGUGCAGUAGUGGUGGUUAAUAAGGACGGGAAACUCAGAUGGAGGUACACUGGUCAUCCCUCAGUUACCAAGAACCAACCAUUCGAAUCCUAUGGUAUCACAACAGACAGCCAGGGUCAAAUCCUGACAGUAGACAGUUACAACCAGUGUAUCCACAUUCUGGACCAGAAUGGACAGUUUCUCCGUUACAUUGAUAACUGUGAUCUGGAAUAUCCUUUUGGUGUAUGUGUGGACAAUAAUGACAAUCUGUUUGUGUGUGAGUAUUCCAGAGGCAUUGUAAAGAAAAUCAAAUAUUUAAAGUAGAUUUACCUGGUAAUUAAUUGUAAAAAUGUGUUGUAAAUCAAAGAAAAGUGGCCUUUUCUGUGUACAUGUAUAUUGAAUGUCAUUGUUGGCAUUUUUCUAUAAAAUAAAUUAAGUUUUACUUUGAAUUCCUAAUACUGUUGAAUUCAUAAUUGUUUUUAAUUUU